GGCGUGGCCUCGCUGGCCCCUCCCAGCGAGGGCUUGGCGGGCUGCAGAGCCGCCCGGGCGGCCGCGCGUGACGCCCGCGGGCCGGUCAUGCUGAGCUCGCGCGGGGCCCUCGUGGGCGCCCCGCUUCUCCGGGCGGCGUUGGGCCUGGGUCUGGGCCCGGGGCAGCGGCGGGCCGCGUCGGAGGCGCACGGGCAGGGCUGGCUGCAGCCUGCCGGCUACGACACGGGGGUCAAGGUGUACAACAGCCGCACCCGGAGGAAGGACCCCUUGAUCGUGGGCAGCGCGGACGCCACCUCCUGGUAUAGCUGUGGACCAACUGUCUACGAUCAUGCACACCUUGGCCAUGCUUGCUCCUAUGUUAGAUUUGAUAUAAUUCGAAGGAUCCUCACCAGGGUUUUUGGCUGCAACAUCAUCAUGGUGAUGGGAAUUACAGACGUGGAUGACAAAAUAAUCAGAAGAGCCCGUGAGAUGAACGUGUCACCCACUUCCCUCGCCAACCUUUACGAGGAAGAUUUUAAACAAGAUAUGGCGGCCUUGAAGGUCCUCCCACCGACAGUGUACUUGAGGGUAACUGAAAAUAUUCCUCAGAUAAUUUCUUUCAUUGAAGGAAUAAUCGCUAAAGGCCAUGCCUACUCGACAGCAAAAGGCAACGUCUACUUCGAUCUGCAGUCCAGAGGAGACAAGUACGGCAAGCUGGUGGGUGUGGCCCCCGGCCCGGUUGGAGAGCCAGUUGAGUCUGACAAGCGGCAUGCCAGUGACUUUGCCCUGUGGAAGGCGGCUAAGCCCCAGGAGAUGUUUUGGGCCUCUCCAUGGGGAAAUGGAAGACCUGGCUGGCACAUCGAAUGUUCUACCAUCUCAAGUUUGGUGUUUGGGAGUCAGCUGGAUAUCCACUCAGGAGGGAUAGAUCUGGCUUUUCCGCAUCACGAAAACGAGAUUGCACAGUGUGAGGUCUUCCAUCAGUGCAAGCAAUGGGGAAAUUAUUUCCUACAUUCUGGGCAUUUGCACGUGAAAGGCAAGGAAGAAAAAAUGUCCAAAUCACUGAAAAACUACAUCACUAUUAAGGACUUCCUGAAGACGGCUUCGCCCGACGUCUUCCGGCUCUUCUGCAUGCGGAGCAGCUAUAGGUCAGCCAUUGACUACAGCGACGGCGCCGUGCUGGAAGCCAAGCACCUGCUCCUGGCCGCCACCGCCUUCGUCGAGGACGCGCGGGCCUAUAUGCGGGGGCAGCUGGUGUGCGGCCCCAUUGGGGAGGACGUGCUGUGGGAGAGGCUCAGCCACACCAAGGGGGCUGUGAAGGCUGCCCUGGCGGACGACUUUGACACGCCUGGAGCUGUGGACGCCAUCAUGGACCUCAUUCACCAUGGGAACAGACAGCUCAAGGCAGUCACCAAGGAGCCUGGUGGUCCUAGGAGUCCCGCUGUGUUCGGCUCCAUCGUGUCCUACAUUGAGCAGUUUUUUGAGACUGUGGGGAUUUCUCUGGCAGACCGACAGCCGCUAGGAUCCUUGCUCCAGGAUGGAGGAAGAAAUCGUGUUGUGGGGGAGAGGACUCCUGGCAACUCGAGCAGUUCAGGUCCCAGCUGCCCCGCUGAAAGCUCUCCGGCUGGGCAGAUUGUUGGUCCCGACUGUCGUGGAAGCGUGGUCUGUGUGAGCCUCAUGGGAAGUCUGCGUUGGUCUGUGUAUCUGUUUGUUUCAGGGGACAGCGGCUCAGCCACUCUGCACAGCGUGGUGGAGGAGCUGGUCCGGUUCCGGCUCAAGGUCCGGCAGUUCGCCCUGGCCACGGGGGAGGCCACCAGGGAGGCCCGGCGGCAGCAGCUCCUGGAGAGGCAGCCCUUGCUGGAAGCAUGUGACACCCUGCGCCAGGACCUGGUCGCCCAUGGCAUCAGCAUCAAGGACAGGAGCAGCACAUCCACAUGGGAACUGCUGUGUCAGAGGGCGCAAGACCACAAACCAGGCAGCUGAGGACGUGUUCUGUGCCUGCUUAUGACAUGAUACAAGCUUUAUAUUAAAGUUCCCCAUCAUGGCUGUUUAGUCAACAGUAAAAUAAACUGAUAAUUAAAACUA